AUGGAUAAUAUUCCAGACAAACAUCAACAGUCUAUGAAUAAUGGUAAGAAAAUAUUAUAUUUUCCUUGUAAUAGUAUACAAUUGAACUGUUAACAUAUUUUUGAACAGGUACUUACUGAAUUCAAAGUACACUGCAAAAAUUGCAAAAUAAUUUAAUACUUAAUUUAUAUCAUAUGCUAUUAUUAAUUUUGUAUACAAAUUACAGACGAAUACUUGAAUGGCCCCAGUACAAAAAAUUUAGCAUAUAAUCAUUCCAGAGAUUCAACAUUAUCAGACACUUUAGAUUUAGGCCCUUUACCUCCAAAAUGGGAAAAAGCUUAUACCAAAAAUGGGGAAGUUUACUUUAUAGAGUAAGUAAUUUUUAUCUAUUACCAAAUAUUUAGAUUUCAAGUAAAAUAUAGAUGACUAAUAGACAAUAAAUUAUAUUUUAUACGUGUCUGUUUGAAAUUUAAAAAUAAAUAUCUAUCGAUAAUCUUAUCAAAAAACCCCUUUUUUAUUAAAUUUAAGAGGAAAUUAAUUAUUUUUCUUCUCCUUCAUCUCCAUCCUAAUUAUUUCGGGUAGGAAACAUUUAUCCUAAAUAUCUACAAAACCAGGAUCAUCCAUAUGAUGUUUCCAUACACCGGAUGCCCUCAUAUCAUUCGCGAUCUCUUUCAACUACCUAUUCUUCUUCUCCUUUUUUCCCUAGUUUAUUUUGAUUAUCAUUCUUAUUCAUUCCAAUUCCUUUUUCUUUCAUCAUCUUGGUCUAUUUUCUCAUUUUGUCUACUAUUGUAACAACACUUAUACUCAUUCUUUAUCUCUGUUCUAUUUUUCUAUCUACCACAUAACAUAAUCAGUUUCACCUGAUUCUUAUAGAACUUAUCGUUAAGUCUCAUACAAAUUCUCUCGUCACAUAAAACACCUGAUACUUCUCUUUACUUAAUCCAACUACACUUAAUCCUAUGUUUUACAUCCUGUUAAGGCCACUAUUCUUUUGUAAGAAUCGAUCUUGAGUUAUAUACUUAGAAUUGUCAACCUUGCCUAUUAUGUUACCGUUUAUUAUCAUUACUCUUAUCUUAUCAAAUUUUUAUAUAUUUUUAGUUCCUUUUCUUCAAAUGUUGCUCUCCAUUUCUCGGCCUAUAGAUGAGGGCUUGAUGCAAAUCAAUUAAUAAAAAAACCCCUUUUAAAAUAAUAGCCUUUAUAAAUUUUUUUUUUUUGUAUUAUUGUGUUUAUUUAUAUUUAUUACAGUCAUAAUUCUAGUACAUCACACUGGUUAGAUCCAAGGUUGUCAAAAUUCCAAAAAAAACAAUUAGCAGACUGCUCAGAUGAUGAAUUACCAUAUGGGUGGGAGCGAAUAGAUGAUCCUCUUUAUGGAACAUACUACAUUGACCAUGUAAAUAGACAAACACAAUAUGAAAAUCCGGUGUUACAAGCAAAAAAUGCUAGACAUGGUAUGCAACUAAUAUUUUUUUUGAAAUUAAUGUUAGUAUUAUGUGUAAUAAAAUUAUUUAUUUUUAUUAUAGAUGAUCAAAUCAAUGAUGAACAAGAUAAUAUUCCUAAUUAUAACUCAAAUAGUUUUGAAAAUAUUAACUCAAUGAAACUAGGUAAUAUUUUAUAUAGUUUUAAUUGUGUUAUUUCAAAAAUUAAUUGAUAUAUGAAUAAUUUAGAUUCAGCUGGUAGUAGAAAUGUUUUUACUACGAAUCCACAUGAAUUAGUUGGUGAACGCAUUCGCUCUACACUUGUAAAAUCAAUUAGAGGUUUAGGUUUUACAAUAGUUGGUGGUGAUGAUUCUAAAGAAGAAUUUCUUCAAAUUAAAUCUGUUGUUCCAAAUGGACCUGCCUGGUUAGAAGGGAAAUUACAAACAGGUACUAUAUACUAAGUACUAUUUAUAUUAAACAUUUUUAUUUUAUAUAACCACACAGUGGUUUGAGCUGUGUGUAUAUAUAUCAGUCAGUCAGCUUUCCCUUUAAUAUGUAUAGAUUUAUAAUAUUUACCUAUGUAUUUUACAAAUAUUUUGAAAUUGUUCUUAGGAGAUGUUUUAGUUUUUGUAAAUGACAAAUGUGUUUUGGGUUACACACACCACGAUAUGGUUAGUGUAUUCCAAGCAAUAGGCCCUGGUGAAACUGUGUGUUUAGAUGUCUGUAGAGGCUAUACAUUGCCUUUUGAUCCAAAUGACCCCAAUACAGAAGUAGUAACUACAGUUGCAGUAGGAAAUUCUGGUAAACAAUCUAUUUUUAAUAAUUAUUCAAUUAAUAUUAAAUUUACAAUUCCUAUAUUAUCUAAUAGUAUUAUUUCUUCAAACCAUGUAUAUUUGUUUUAUUAUAGACCGCCAAUUAGAUGAUUUAUCUAACUACAUUGGAAGAGAACUGUACAUGAUGAACAUUGAUAAUAGAUCUACAAAUGAUUUGUGCAAUCAGUCUGUAAAAUCAAUGCCUGAUUUAUAUGCCUCUGAAGAAAUUAUGAGCAUAGCUAGGCCUAGUAGUACUGAUUUAAUAUUAGAAGAAAUCGUUCCUAUAACUCCAUUGUAUUUAACAAUGUCAAUAAUCAAAGGUUCUAUGGGAUUUGGUUUCACAAUAGCAGAUAGUGCUAAUGGACAAAAAGUUAGAACUAAAUAAUUGGUUAACAUAUAUACAGGAUGUCUCACAAAAAUAUACCAAUUAUAAUAUCUGCGAGAUAAUAAAGAUAAACAAAUUCUAUUAUUUUUAUAUAUAUAUAUAUAUUACUGAGAUAAGGAUUAAAAAUAUUUAUAUUAAAAUUAAUUUUUAUCUUCAGUAAAAAAAAUUUCAGAAAUAACUUUAUUUUAUUAUUUUUGAAAAUUUUUAAGAUGGCUAUUUUAUAGUUAAUUCUAUAAAAUUUGUGAUUUAUUUUUUUAAAAGUUUAGAGAAAAGUACUUAUUAUUAUGCAACAGGUUGUAAUUAAUCUCUUGUAAACAUUCUCUUAUAAAUUAUAAUUAUGAUAAUUAAUUGACUGUUUGCUUCUUUUCUCUGAACUUUAAAAAAUCAUUAAAUAUCAUAUAUUAAAUGAAAACAAACAGUUUAUAUGUCAACAUUUUCAGAAGAAUAAACUCUAUAAAAUGGCUAUCUUCAAAUUUUCAAUAAUAUAUAAAUAAAAAAAACAAUAUUUGAUUAUCUGUAGAGAUAUUACAAUGGGUAUAACUUGUGAGACACUCUGUGUAUAUGUAUAUGUAUUUUUUAAAUAAUAUAUCUGAAUUUUUAUUAAUUGUUAUAUUUUAGGUUAAAAAAAUACUGGAUAAGCACAGAUGUCAAGAAUUAAUGGAAGGAGAUAUAUUGAUCUGUAUUAAUAAUAUAAAUGUGCGUAGUAUGUCUCACAUAAAUGUUGUUCAGGUGUUAAAAGAAUGUGGAAUUGAUGAAACUGCCACAAUAAUUAUACAACGGUGUACUCAAAGUUCACCCGACAAAUUCCGUGUGAAAAAUAAAAAAGAUGUUCCAAAACUCUAUAGAUCUAAAACUCCAACAAUGGAUUCUUAUGGUGAACAAAUAUGUGAUUUUAAUAGAUCAAAAACUCCUGUUAUUGAUAACCGAUCCCAAAUGACAAAAGUUCAAAAUAAUAUACUUGAAAAUGGUUCUUCUGACACUUAUAUGAUGACAAAUAAUAGUUUACUGAUGGAUGAAUUUUGUCAUAGAAAUGAUAACUCAUGGAUGCAUGUUAAUUCACCUGCAAAUCAAAUGUAUUUGCCUACUACCAUGUAUAAUGGAAUUCUUGAUUCUUCUACUGGAAAUUAUAUUAAUUCUCAAUCUGAUAAUUAUUCUAAUAAUUUAUCAAAAUCUAUUCAAAAUAUGAGUUUUGAACAUUAUGAAAUGAAUGCUUCCAAAAAUGAAGUCAGGUAAAACCAGUCAUUUCACAUUAGUUUAAUUUUUUGAAUAAGUAAUGGAUAAUUUAUUUCAUUAGGUAUUUACAUAACAACAAUGAAAUAAAUAAAAUUGAUCACAUUAGUUUGGAUGGUUUAAAAUCAAACAUUAGUUAUGUUACUUUACAAAGACUUGAAUCAGGUUUUGGUUUUAGAAUUGUUGGCGGAAAGGAAGAAAAUUCGCAAGUAUGUAAUUCUAAAAUUUAUGCAAAAAUGAAUUAAUUUAACAAAUUUUUUAAUUGAUAUAGAACAUAAAAUAUUCUAGAAAUGUCACAUUAUUUUCAAACAAUGUAUUUUUUAAAUAUGUUUAAUUUCUAUUAUUAAAUUUUAAUAUAUUGAUUAUAAAAUUAUGGAUUUUUAUUGUAUACAAGGUUUCAGUUGGCCACAUAGUUCCAGGAGGAUCUGCAGACUUAGAUGGGCGAAUUAUGACAGGAGAUGAAAUUGCUUCUAUUGAUGAUCAAUCGACUCUAAAUACUUCUCAUGAUUAUGUAAUAAAUUUAAUGAAUCAAGCGGCACAAUGUGGUCGUGUGACACUAGGCAUUCGUCACAACAAAUCAACUCUAAAGUCUAACUGUAAGUUUAAUUAGCUUGAAUAAUUAAAUUAUUGCAUUUUACAAAAAUAGUAGAUGUUUAGAAAUAAAAUGUUGUCUGUAUACAAAAUCAAUUGAUAAUAUUAUAAUGUUCAAAAGUUCAAACAAUUCACUUAAGUAGCUUAUAUAUUUUAUUCAUUUUUAAAAUUUGUAUUAAUAGAUAUAUUAAAUUCUGCAAAGAGGCAACUGGAUAUGGAAUACCCUUAUAAUGUUACAUUAACUAAAAAAGAUAAUGAAGGGUUUGGAUUCGUUGUAAUUUCCUCAUUAAAUAGAGGACCUACUAUUGGUAUGUUUGAUAUUUUUUUUAAGAUUGAAGUAAUUUAUGUACAGAAUAAUUUGUAUUAUUAAUUUGAAUAUAUUUAUUUUCUUAGGACGAAUUAUAGAGGGCAGCCCUGCUUUUAGAGAUGGGCAAAUCAAUUUGGGAGAUCGUGUUCUAGCUGUUAACAAUAUGAAUAUUACAAAUUUAUCUCAUGGUGAUAUUGUGAACAUGAUUAAAGAUUCUGGAUCAACUGUUACAUUGACUAUUGGAUCUCCUAAUGGUAUGUUAAUUAUAUUACAAAGGCUAUAGACCAUUAAAAUGUUAUAUUUUAUAUUGUUCGCAAAAUUGCACAAUAUAUUCAUUUUUUCAGAUGAUUCAACUAGUACACUUUCUUUACCAAUGUCAAAUAAAGUAUGUAUAUUUUUUAUAAUUAAAAUUUUAAAUGUAAUUUUAAUUGGUUUAAAACUCUUAUAUUUAAACUAUUAAGGACCUGGAUUUAGAAGAUUUGGAACAAUAUCAUGCUAUAGAACUAUCAAGAGGUCCUCAAGGAUUCGGGUUUAGUAUUAGAGGAGGCCGUGAAUUUCAAAACAUGUCUUUAUUUGUUUUGCAAAUUGCAGAUCAUGGUUCAGCAGCAAUUGAUGGACGAUUAAAAGUAAAUAAAUUAAUUACUUUUAAUAUUUCUAUGUUCCUAACAUUUUGUGCAUUAUUUUUAUUUACAGGUUGGAGAUCAUAUCAUAGAAAUAAAUGGAGUAAAUACCAAAAAUAUGACACAUGCUGAAGCCAUAGAAAUUAUCCAUAGUGGUGGAUCUCGUGUCAGACUUCUUAUACGCCGUGGUACUAGAGUCCCGCAAAUACCCUCAGAAAAUAAUUUUCUCGGGGCAUACAAUGUAAAGACACAAUAG